UCUAUGACAGAGAAAUCGCAGAGCGGGUUCUGCACAUCUCUAGGGCAUUUUAUCCAAAUGGAAGUGAGGCAGAGGAAGGAAGUGAUGAUGGUGGUACUCACGAUGCUCAGCUGUGGUCACUGAGAGAGAAAACGCCUGAAGGAAAGACAGAGAAACCAGAAGAAUGAAGAUCAAAUGGUACCUACCGUAGCCAGACUUUAAGAGCUAAAGACACUUAGCUAAAGACUAAGCUAGCUUAUUUUCGUUGGACUUCCAUGGCCCAAAGGUCCUUCUCCAUCUUCUUGCAAGAUGAAAAAAACCAUAAAUGAGCCACUGGAUGGUCUAGUCAAUGAAUCUGAUUUCCUAGACUAUGUAGCUGUUUUGGAAAACUGCACCGAUGAGCAGCAAAUCUUAUUCAAGACGCAGUACCUCCCUGCGAUCUACAGCAUCAUCUUCCUUGUGGGCUUCCCGGGGAACACGGUGGCGAUCUCCAUCUACAUUUUCAAGAUGCGACCCUGGAAGAGCAGUACCGUCAUCCUGCUGAACUUGGCCUUGACUGACCUGCUGUACCUGACGAGCCUUCCUUUCCUCAUCCAUUACUACGCGAGCGGUGAACACUGGGUCUUCGGGGACUUCAUGUGCAAGUUCAUCCGCUUCGGCUUCCACUUCAACCUCUACAGCAGCAUCCUCUUCCUCACCUGCUUCAGCAUCUUCCGUUACGUCGUCAUCAUUCACCCAAUGAGCUGUUUUUCUAUUCAGAAAACGCGGUGGGCGGUGGUAGCUUGUGCGGGGGUGUGGGUCAUCUCUUUGGUCGCUGUCAUGCCUAUCACUUUCCUGAUCACAUCAACCACCAGGACCAACAGGUCUGCUUGUCUUGACCUCACCAGUUCGGAUGACCUCACUACUAUCAAAUGGUACAAUCUCAUUUUGACUGCCACCACUUUCUGCUUGCCCUUGGUGAUAGUGACACUUUGCUACACAACAAUUAUCAGCACUCUGACUCAUGGACCUCAGACCCACAGCUGCUUUAAGCAGAAGGCCCGGAGAUUGACCAUCCUGCUGCUCCUAGUGUUCUAUAUAUGUUUUUUACCCUUCCACAUCCUGAGGGUCAUUCGGAUUGAAUCUCGCCUGCUUUCCAUCAGCUGCUCCAUCGAGAGUCACAUUCACGAAGCUUACAUUGUUUCUAGACCAUUAGUGGCCCUCAACACCUUUGGAAACCUGCUGCUGUAUGCCGUGGUCAGCAAUAACUUCCAGCAGGCAUUCUGCUCUAUAGUGAGUUGCAGAGCCAGUGGGGACCUUGACCAAGAAAAGAAAGACAGUUGCUCAAACAACCCUUGAGUCCUGUCAAUUAGUGGAGGCUAGGGAGAUGUCUCCGCGGGUACAGGUAUAGCUCUUAACAUGCAAAUGUCGGGAUCUGAAAUAGAAUCCCCAUAAUCUACUUAAGUUGGCAGUGGUAGCAAGCACCUGAAAUCCCAGGACUCCUGUGGUGAGAUGUAAAUGGGGCAGGAGAAUUCCUAGAGGCUCAAGGGCCAGCUAGUCAACUGUAUACUGGGACUAACCUCAAAGAGACCUUCUUUCUAAUAAGAUAGAAGGCAGGGCUGAUGGUUACACAUGUGCACUGUGUCAUGUAUUUACCUCCCCCCCACACAAAUGGGAACAUAUCAAUCACACAUAUACACACUCUCUUCAAAUAUUUAUCAGUCAAUCAGUGCCUCCUGAUAAUUUGUAUAUAACUUCUAAGAGGUCUCCCCUCAGUAGACCGCCUAGUAACUACAGUAUAUUCAGGUCCGUAUGAGCCAAAGCCAUGGGCAGGACUCUUAGGAGAUCUUUGCAAUAUUUUUAUUUAGAUCUUUGUCGGUAAAGGAUUUAUGGGAUUAGAAACUAUGAAACUCGGAGAACCUCUGUUGCCAUCACUUAGUGGCUCCACGUGGAAACUGGCGUUGGUCCAACAGCCCUGGACCUCCCAGAGCUUAGUGUGAGGAUGGAACACCAAACACAAUGGAAGCCAAGGGUCUCCUUUCACACCUCGCUGCCUGUCUUUCGUACUUUGGGGCAGGUGUGUACUGAAAUCCUAGAUUAUACAAAGCAUUGCUUGUGCCUUCCUUUCCUUGGGUAUUUAUGACUUCCUUUCCUUUAAUUUUUUCCUUGAGAUUAUUGCUCUGAGUGCUGCCUUUCAGUUCUAGCUAGGUCUUUAGAUGGAAGGGAGACAUGAGGACACAGUUGGAACAGGCCCUGGGACCCAGCUCAGUCGGUGAGUGCCUGCUGCACAUGCCUGAAGGCUUGAGCUUGGUCCCUAGAACUUACAGGUAAAAGCCGGGUGCUGUGGCAUGCGCAUGGAAUCCCAGCUCCCUGGGGCCUGCCGGCCAGCCAGCCUAGCCUCCUUGGUGAGUCCUGGCACAAUGAAAGAUCUGAAUUCAAAAACUGCGGGACAUUGCUCCUGGUGAGCCGGAACAAGGCUGUCCUUUGGCCUCUGUCUUCUCUGCUGAGGUGACCUUAGUGGUUGUUGAAUUUAGAAAUGACAUUAAGUUUUAUUGGGAAUUGCCAACACAUCCCGGGGAAAGAGGAGACAGGCAGAAGAAACAGAGAUUCUUUCAGAUAUCAUGUAGGUACCAAGUCAGAUCCAGUGCGGCAUUGGUUUCUAGGGAGACUUCUCCAGGAGACACUGACCUUGGUCUUUGAGAACGACAAUUGAAAAUACUGCCUGCAGAAACAGUGAAAGUUGUUCUUGGAUUAUGUGUAUUUUUAAUUAUCAGUAAACAUAAAUAUUUGAGAAAAUACCUGUGCUAGAUAUUUUAAA